AUGAAGUACUUGUGGCAGCUGGUGGUGGUCAGCCAUGCUUAUUCUCUACCUUCCGAGGUUGAUUGGAAGUCGGAUUUGCCUAACACUCCCUUCCCGAAAGCUAUGCGGAAUCUCUUAAUGCAGCCUGGAGAUGCUACCCCCGGAUCAUAUGAUGCAGUCUAUGGAAACCCCAAAAAACAAGGAGAUGCUACCCCCGGAUCAUAUGAUGCAGUCUAUGGAAACCCCAACAAACAAGGAGAUGCUGCCCCAGUUACCGGAUCAUAUGAUGCAGUCUAUGGAAACCCCAAAAAACAAGGAGAUGCUACCCCCGGAUCAUAUGAUGCAGUCUAUGGAAACCCCAACAAACAAGAAGAUGCCACCCCCGGGUCAUAUGAUGCAGUCUAUGGAAACCCCAACAAACAAGGAGAUGCUGCCCCAGUUACCGGAUCAUAUGAUGCAGUCUAUGGAAACCCCACAAAACAAGGAGAUGCUUCCCCAGUUACCGGAUCAUAUGAUGCAGUCUAUGGAAACCCUAAAAAACAAGGAGCUGCUACUCCAGUUACCGGACCAUAUGAUGCAGUCUACGGAAACCCCAAAAAACAAGGGGAUGCUACCCCAAUCACCGGAUCAUAUGAUGCAGUGUAUGGAAACCCUCAAAAAAUUGUAGGAAGUUCCAUUAAUGCUCAUAAGGAUGCCAGCCCAAUUGCCGGAUAUGAUGCAGUUUAUAGAAACCCUCAAAAAGCAGGAGGAAGUUCUAUUAAUGCUCAGAAGGAUGCUAGCUCAAUUGCUGGAUAUGAUGCAGUCCACGGAAGCGCUCAAAAAGUAGGUGAAAGUUCCAUCAAUGCCCACAAGGAUGCCAACUCAAUUGCCGGAUAUUAUGCAGCCUAUGGAAACCCUCGAGAUGCAGGUGAAAGUUCUAUUGAUGCUGGCAAGCCUAGCCCAACUGCCUCAUAUCGGACUGUUUACGGAAAUCCUCGAAAAGCAAGUGGAAGCACUGAUAUCAAUGCUGGUAAGCCUAGUAGAACUAUGCAAUACGAGAGGGUCUACGGAAAUCCUCAAAAAGCAGGCGGAAGUUCUGUAAGCGCGGGCAAAAAUAGUCCAACAUGCAACAAGGACACCAAGAUGGUACAGUACAGUAAUGUGUUCUUGGAAAAAGACCUGCAUCCUGGACUAAAUGAUGAGCAGAUAAUACAGAAAACAAUAGAAGAAUGUGAGAAGCCGGCCAUAGAAGGAGAAAGAAGUAUGUGCGAGAUCGUUGGAGUCCCUAAUCGAUUUCAGCACUUCAAAGUUGGAAAAAACAUUCGAGCACUCCCAAAUGUGGUGGAAGGGGAAAUCCAGGAAUAUAAAUUUGGAGAGGGAGCGAAGAUGCUUGGAGAGAAAUCAGUGGUGUGCCACCAGCUGACUAUCAUAUGCUGUGCUCUUUGCCAUGCAUUUCAUGACAAAAAUUUACAAGGUUCCAUUGUGGAGCUGAUGGAACCAGAGUUCAAGCUUUAG